AAGCCUGUUGCUUUUUUUUUUCUUAAACAUGGGUGUAACUUCUUUAAUCCGGAUUUUGCUCAAAAGAAGCCCAUGCUUCUUGUUCCCAAGUAGCCCAAUCUUGAUUAAUUUUGUUCAUCAAAAUUUAGCGACGCAAUAACUUAAAGUUAUAAUUUCAUCUCAAAGCUGCUUUCUUUGGAUUACCCACCUGAAAAAAAAACUAAGGUAGUAGAGUGACAAAGCUUGAGAAGAAUGAAGCUGAUACCUUUGAUUUUAAUGGGCUGUGGAGGGGUGGGCCUUCAAUUGAUUCAUCACAUUGUUUCUUGCAGAUCCCUUCAUGCCAAUAAGGGAGUGCGCUUGCGAGUUGUGGGACUAUGUGAUAGUAAAUCCUUGCUUGUUGCAUCAGAUGUCUACUCCAUGGAGCUGGACGAUUCUAUAUUGUUGGAAGUUUGCCGAGUCAAAUCAAAUGGUUCUUCUCUGGUGACACUUGCUUCUUCUGGUGAACAUCAAGCAUAUUCCGGUCCAGAAGUUAUGAGAAAAGUCAUUGAAAUUGCUUCUUUAUUGGGUAAAUCAAAAGGUUUGACAAUAGCUGAUUGCUCUGCCAGUUCUGAGACUAUCGGAGUACUAAAUCAAGUGGUUGAUCUGGGUUGCUGUAUUGUGCUAGCCAAUAAAAGGCCUCUUAGUUCUUCACUGGAAGAUUUUGACAAGAUAUAUGGGGAUCCACGUCGUAUCCGGCACGAGUCCACUGUUGGUGCAGGACUCCCGGUCAUUUCAUCCUUAAACCGUAUACUUUCAUCUGGAGAUCCAGUCAACCGUAUAAUCGGUAGCUUGAGUGGUACAUUGGGAUAUGUCAUGAGUGAGGUAGAAGACGGAAAGCUGUUUAGUGAAGUUGUUAGAACUGCUAAAACUCUGGGCUACACUGAACCAGAUCCUCGUGAUGACCUCAGUGGGAUGGAUGUCGCAAGAAAGGCGUUGAUCCUUGCUCGACUUCUUGGGUUACGUAUCAACUUGGACAGCAUUAAGAUUGAGAGCUUUUACCCCGAGGAUAUGGGACCCAGUGUAAUGCCUGUGAAUGACUUCAUGAAAAAUGGCCUUCCAUUGCUUGACAAGGACAUUGAAGAUAAGAUUAAAAGAGCUUCUUCAAAUGGAAAUGCCCUGCGUUAUGUUUGUAUGAUUGAGGACUCCAGGUGUGAAGUCGGAAUUCGAGAGCUUCCUAAAGAAUCUGCUUUGGGUAGGCUAAGAGGAAGUGACAAUGUGCUGGAAAUAUACAGUCGAUGCUACAAUCAACAGCCAUUAGUUGUACAAGGUGCUGGAGCAGGCAAUGAUACUACUGCAGCAGGAGUCCUUGCCGAUAUACUUGAUAUGCAGGAUUUGUUUCCUUGACUCGAACUCACUUAUAGUGUUUCUAGCUUUACCGGAGUCUCAUAAAUAGUUGAAGUUGCUAUAUGUCAUUAGCAAUAAUCAGGAGUUCUUUGGAACUACUCAAAAAGAAAACAUCUGGUUCUUGAUAAAGUUAUCCCUGAACUUUGUAAACGCAAAAAGAGAGAUUCCAACAUAUGCUCAAUCGAGAAUUAGAAUAGACACUAAAUGUGGAUCUCAUACUUGAUUUCUUGUGCAUGUAAAAUGCUGCCAUGGCUUUCUUUCGAGAAAGCGAAAGAAUGUCUGCUGCCUGGAGUACCCUCCCAAGACCAUAACAGUAAAAUAUGCUGAUCACUGUUCAUUAGAAGCAAUUUCCAUUUCGCAUAAAAAAUCAAUUUAUUUAGCAAAAGAAUGACUCGAAUGUUGUAAGUAUCUACAAAACAUGCUAUUAUAUUGGGAGAAAAGCCCUUGCAAUGUUUAUUAACUUAGUUUAUAUACACGAAUUCUUUAUUUUUGUA